GCAACUAUUUAUAAGCUCCCCCACUCCCACGCGCCCCUCUCUCUCUAAACCCUACCCGCGCCGCCGCCUCGCAUCGCCAGCCGCCGCCGCGCCGUGCGAGCUCAGACCGACCAGCUUCAACCAUGGCGGACGUCGAUGUCGAGCCCGAGGUCGCCGCCGGCGCGCCCAAGAAGAGGACGUUCCGCAAGUACAGCUACCGCGGCGUCGACCUCGACGCGCUGCUCGACAUGUCCACCGACGACCUCGUCCAGCUCUUCCCCGCGCGCGCGAGGAGAAGGUUCCAGAGGGGUCUGAAGAGGAAGCCCAUGGCGCUCAUCAAGAAGCUGCGCAAGGCGAAAAAGGAUGCUCCUGCCGGCGAGAAGCCAGAGCCAGUGAGGACCCAUCUCCGCAACAUGAUCAUUGUCCCUGAGAUGAUUGGAAGCAUCAUUGGUGUCUACAACGGCAAGACAUUCAACCAGGUUGAGAUCAAGCCUGAGAUGAUUGGCCACUACCUCGCUGAGUUCUCCAUCUCCUACAAGCCGGUCAAGCACGGUAGGCCCGGUAUCGGUGCCACUCACUCCUCACGGUUCAUUCCGCUGAAAUGAGUUAUUAGCCCAGUUGUCAGCCUCCAGAAUCCAGCACGGAAGGCGCAUGGCAUGUCUUGUUUCCUUCCAGUUGUGCUGCUUGUUUUGAACAAGUUACAUACCAAUGGUGUUUUGCUCUGUUCCAGCUCUAGAAUCCUAGCUAAGCACUGCACAAUUUAUGCUGUUUUGAGUUAAUCUUAUCUAUACUGCGAUGUGGUUACUUUUAUCGGCA